AUGCUAUAAGCUUGUUGUUCAGUGGGAGGAAUAGUGCCCCAUCAUUGGUGUCGGUGGGAGGAAUGGUGCCCCAUCAUUGGUAUCAGUGGGAGGAAUAGUGCCCCAUCAUUGUUGUUCAGUGGGAGGAAUAGUGUCCCAUCAUUGGUGUCGGUGGGAGGAAUGGUGCCCCAUCAUUGGUGUCGGUGGGAGGAAUGGUGCCCCAUCAUUGGUGUCGGUGGGAGGAAUGGUGCAACAUCAUUGGUGUCGGUGGGAGGAAUGGUGCAACAUCAUUGGCGUCGGUGGGAGGAAUGGUGCCCCGUCAUUGGCGUCGGUGGGAGGAAUGGUGCCCCGUCAUUGGCGUCGGUGGGAGGAAUGGUGCCCCGUCUUUGGCGUCGGUGGGAGGAACAGUGCCCCAAGGGCCAGAUAUAGGCAAGCAAAGGGCCACAUC